CGGGGCCACGAGGCCAGCAGCGAGGAAGAGACCACGUUGCGCUGCUCUCCACGUUGGGAGGCGAGUAUUUCAACCUCUUCAGUGGCGCGCACCAGAGAGCGAGCAGGAACGGGCUGUCCCACGGACGAGGCGCGCGUCCGUGGUGGGGUGUCAGCCGUGGCUUAUCUGGCGACUUUAUGUAUAUUACGAUACCCCAGGCAGGAACACGAGCAGUUCACUGCUGGCUAACCGGUCGGAGAAGUCGGCGGCGGAGCCGAGUCAUCCAGAGCGGCGCGCCUCGUCGAGAGUGAGUGAGAAAAAAAGAGAGAGAGAGAGAGAGAGAGAGAACCGUGGACGAGAAAAACGUGUUCGAUACGACUGAACGAGAAAGAGAGACAGCGAGGAAGAGCGGGAGGAAAGAGACGACGUUUCCUUUUCCUUCAGCGUUUCUCUUUCUCGCCGGCAGCCGCUCGUCACAACUGUACGACGCGACAACAGCGUGCGGCCCUUAAACUCCCGUCACGUCAGAACCGCAUCGGUGGCAACGUGAGGAUCGUGUGCGGCAAGAUUUCCGUCGUGGUGCGUGCUCUUCGUCGGCCGAACGCUUCGGCAAGCUGAUCGAACGGAUACUCUCGACGCUGCCUACUGAUCGCUUCGAUCCAGGAUGAUCGUGCUCGCGUGGUCCCUCUUCGUCAUCACGCUGCUCCUCGUGACGGGCAACCAGGCCUUCCUCAACGCGCCCAUACCAGCUCACACGGUAACUAGCUACAACAUCGGAGUUGAUCGACGAAUGGAGGACAAUAAAGUGACGCACGGCGUGAACGACAAUCGCCACUCGAUCAUCUCGAAAUUCGCCGCCGUCGCCGCCGCCGACGACGACGACGACGAUGACGACGAUGACGACGACGAGGAGGCGGUCUACGUGAUCGAGUACAACGAGGAGAACCGCAAGAACGGAUUGGAGAAAGGAAGAAACCCAGAUGGUUCCUACUUUGUUAUAGUCAAGAGCGACCCGCAGAACCCGUUAGACCCGUGGUCGAUAGUCUGGUACAUCGGCUCGUUCGGCGGCCUGGUGGCGUUCUUCCUCAUCGUCAGCUGCUCCGAGUGGUGCUGCCGACGGGCCGCGCGACCCCUCACGAUACCGUACGCGCAGCCCGCCGAGGUGAGCUCGCGCGGGGUCGCGGAGAGCCCGCCGCCGCCUUAUCACCUGUUCGCGCCGCCACCGUACGACUCCGUCAACUACGCCGACAUCGUGAACAAGACGUCCGGCGAGAAGCUCGACAUCUACGUGAUCUCGGUGCCGACGCACCGGCCGGUGGUGCAGGCGCCAGCGUAGAGCUGCUCCUGCUCCGACCCGCUCAGCGAGAAUCAUCGGAUCCGCGGACGCAAGCCGAGCCGCAAGCGAUGCUCAACAAACUCGGUUUGACAACCGGAAAAUAAGUACAGCGCUACUCGAGAAAUGUACGGCGGCGCAAAUGCUCGUCCGUUGCUCGCACGACAUUAUCGAAGAGGCAACUGCGAGCUAUCACCUCGCGGGAUAUCAUACUUGGCGCCCGAGAUAACUCAGGCUACAGGCGAUUCCUCGAAACAUUGUAUCAUUUCGGAUUACGCGUGAGUCAUUAUUCGUAUUCUCACGAAGGGAGAAUGAGAUAGAGGAAGGGAGAGCGAGAAGGAGACGUCCUUAAGUGCCCGAUUCGCGGCGGAGUAAUCGCAGACGUCGGUUCUGCGUCCACGAAGAAGUGAUGACGAGAGAAGAACUCGUGAGAAGAACGUGUCAAUGGAAGGUAGCUUCUCGAUACGCGAAAAUAGGGAACUGCUUUUGUAUCUAUCACCCCGGAAAGAUGAUAAUCUUCUGUGCGAUUGUGUUCACGGAAUGAUUAUUGCCGAUGUUCCGUUUGGACUUUGUGGCAAAGUCGGAAGACGACUGACGACGUCAGAGAAAUCUGUGUCAACGUCUGUGUGGGGAUGUCGAUCGAAACGACAAUGACACGUCGAGUAUUCGUACCGAAUACUCAAAUGUACGCGUGUCGUGUAUAUGUAUGUGUGUGUGUAUUCUGCGGGAUAAUUUAUGAGAGGUUGAUACGCGAAAGUGGAGCGGUUUUAUAAUCGCAGACAAGUCCGCGAGUUUCUGGAGCCGACUUGGAUCUAGCAAGGACUCGGAGAAGGGCCCAUUGUGCCGAUUGUAGAGAGCAAUAAUUAACUCGAUCGGACCACGCGAAAUGGCGAACCAAUUCGACUGGCACAAUCGACGCGGAAGCUUUGUAACUCGUAAUCCUAGGAUCACGUUCAAACUGUCUCGCCUGCCGCACCGCGAGGACAUGUUCUUAGAUUUCACUCUGGAAAUAUAUCCCAAGAACGGAUGUCUCGCACGCUGAUGAUAUAUUUCGUUAAACGGAAUAUCGAAAUGACAAGGAUGUGCGCAAGGAUGUACGGCGAAUAUUUAACAAGUACGUCGGAUAAAUAAUUUGGCUGAUCACUGCCACGCGAGACGAGACAGCAGAGACCCGCGCAUCGAUUUCCGAGUUUAUAUCGCAAUUGAAAAAAAUAAUAAUUCAUACACACAUGGCGAGUCAGAUUUUGUCUCUAUUCAAUCGAUCUCUCUGCGCGCGCGCGACAACUUCGAGAGAUCGUCAUUCAAUCGUUCAAACAGAAAUCGUCCUCAACGUCAUCCUACGAUCGUCGGGCGAAGUGUAUAGUAUUACGAGCCAACUGUGAGAAUCUUUCGAGAAUUAUACGCGAUACCAUCGCAUGCGAUUGGCCCUAUUCGCCUACCGACUCUCUGUCAAUUAAGGACGAUUAGCGUAGAUUAUAAAUCGACUGUCGCGAGGAGUGGUCUCCCCGCGAACGAGGUCGCGUAAAAGUAAUUUAAGAUAAUGGCGCGAGCGUGUUUGCGCGCGCGCGCGCGCGCAUGCGCACCGCGAGACAAAUAGCGCACUCGCGCGCGAUAAUAGAGACGGGCACCGACGCGAUAUAGAGCUUGCGGCGACCAAUUGCGCGCUAAUUAGCGGAGCGCAAUUCUGCGAGCGUAAUCACAGCCGGAGCCUUCGCGCGAUCUCUCAUAGCCGGAGCGAGCGGAGAGAUUCGUCUCUGACGCAAGUGAAUUUCGAUAGCACGCAACACGUUGACGAAAAGCAUCGGUCGAUAUUGCGAUUCGACGGUUCAUCGUCGAAAUAAUCUGCUAAAACGUACGGUACUAUUCCUCGGCACCGUGAGCGAGAAACACCCGAGCGAAAAUAUAGACGAGUAAACAAUAAUAAUUCUAUUUUGCCCAAUGAUACUCUGAUCUUGAUAAGAGUGAACUUGUGGAACGAAAAAUAGAGAGAAUGAGAGGGGGAGGCAGGAGAGAUACUUUAAGUUUCUACGUCAUCUUGCGGAGAAUAUUUAACGGCAACUGCAGCUUUGUUAACGUUUUACAUUCUCUGUCACCGAGUCACAGUGUGUUUGACUCGUUUGUAUUAUACUUUACAUUCGUAAUGAUAAUAUAAGAAGCCUAAUUAACAGAGCUCCGUUGUCGAGAGUGCGCAUCACGAUCGAUUCGUUGUCCCUAAGAUUCACAAAAUGACGACGCUGUCGCUAUUUAUUUUUUAUACUUUUAUACACACAAUUUAUAUACGUACUCGAGCGCGUCUCUACGUUAUCAAUAAAAUUUCUUUUCACACAUGAA